GUCGCCAUCUGUCACUCCGUCACACAAAAUUCAAAAUGUCAAAAUUGUCAAAUGGAAAAUUUCAUAAACUCAUCUCUUUGCAGUAAAUAAUGUAGAUUUUAUCCAAUAAAUAUCAAUAACCACGAGUGACGAGGUCCACACCUUUGUAAUUCUAAUAAGUUCACCAUCAAAACCACCUGCCUACAACGCAGUGUAGAUAAUUUCUGUACAAUAUGUCGACUGAAAACGAGGUAGUGGAAAUAGUUGCUGAAGAAGAAGAAGAAGACGAAGAAGGAGAAGAAAUAGAAGAAGAAGAAGAAGAGUAUGAAAAUGCUAAACCUGAGGACCCUGAUGAAAAGCGAGUGGGCUGUGCACAUUACAAGCGGCGCGCUAAGUUUGUGACACCAUGCUGUAACAAGAUGUACAUGUGUCGCUACUGUCACGACGAGAACGAACAGCACUACUUCAACAGGAAGACUGUCACGGAACUCAUUUGCACCGAGUGUGACACCCGGCAGAAAGUGCAGGCCGAGUGCAUCAAGUGUGGUGUCAGAUUUGGGAAGUACACCUGCCUAAUCUGCAACCUGUUUGACGAUGAGGACAAGAAGCAGUACCACUGCGACGGCUGCGGCAUCUGCCGGGUCGGCGGCCGCGACCGCUUCUUCCACUGCAAGCGGUGCAACAUGUGCCUGCCCGAGCAGCUGCAGCGAGUCGGCCAUCGGUGCGUAGAGAACGUGUCCCGCUCCAACUGCCCCGUCUGCCUCGAAGACAUCCACACGUCCCGGAUCCCGUGCCACAUCCCGGACUGCGGGCACCUGCUGCACCGGCCCUGCUUCCAGCAGCUGCUGCACUCGGGCCACUACGCCUGCCCCACGUGCCAGACCAGCAUGAUCGACAUGACCACGUUGUGGUCGUACCUGGACUCGGAGGUGGCGGCGACGCCGAUGCCGCCCGAGUACGCCGACUACAAGGCCACCAUCCUGUGCAAGGACUGCCACAAGCUAUCGACGGUGAAGUUCCACGUGGUGGGGCUGAAGUGCGAGCACUGCGGCGCCUACAACACCUGCCAGACCAACGGGUUCCAGAACGAUGAAGAGAUAGAGUGGGAGUCCCAGGGCGCUGAGGGCGGCGAGGCCCCCGACUCUUCCACAUCAACAUCGGGCUCAUCUUCAAACGCGACCAGUCGUAGCGGCUCCUCCUCCGGAACCUUACAGCCAACCGUCGCCGCCCCCGAGAGCCAAUCAGAGCCCGCCGUCGCCGAGCCGGCCAAUCAGGAGCCGGAGAGCGAGCUGCCGCGCGCCAAUCCGAUGGACGAGCCGCCGCAAGCCUGACAACGCGACUAGCGGCGCCGGAAUGCGCUAGACACCAUGUCUGUCUACUACCACGGUGUACUGACGGGCGUGGUGGGCGUUGCUGGCUGGAUCGCCGAUGUUACCAGCAACUGGUGGUGUUAAGACCUUGUGAAGGCAGUGUGGCGCUGGCGUCUACGUCAGUUGAAGGCGUUAGUUCUGAUUUCGGCCACGGCGAGUGCCAGAAGACCUUGUAUAAGCAGUGUGUUGCGUGGCGCUGGCGUCUAUGUCAGAUGGUGGCGUUAGUUCCGAUUUCGACCACGAGGUGUGCCUAAAUAUCUACGGGAACGGGUAGGCUGUGCGAAAAGGAGUGAAGUGAAAUUAACAUUUUUAUUCCUUAUAUUCAUGUUAUCUAUGUGAUGGCACUUAUAUGUGAAAUUUAUUCAUCUCGUAUAAGCAUAGACUUACAAAUUGUAGUUGUAUUUUGCACAGAUGUGUUAGUGAUAUUUCAUCGAGUAACACGCGUAAAUUAAAAUUAAAUACUUAUUUCAAUUUAACGGAGUACUUGAUUAUAUUUAAGGUAAUGUAUUUUAAUUGCUCAUACAAAAGUGAUUUUAAAGUGAAAUUUAACACAGAUAGAUACAUAUUUCAGACAUGUAAGGUCAGCUUCAUAAGUAGCUAUACGCUUUUGUACCUUGUCAAAUUAGCAUGUCAUCAGUGUUUUAAUAAUUGACUGGGUAGAUUGUGAGUUUGACAAGGUACGAAAGUGUAUAGCUACUUUAAAUCUGGCUGGUAUCCUUUCAAAAGUAAAAUAGCCUAUGUUAAAAGGGCACUAUUUUAAUAAAUAGUAAGACAUAUAUUGAAACGUUUUUAAUAUCAUUUAUAAUAUAUGUACGUUUUACUUAAGUAAAAUAGGUCAAUGUUAAAAGGACACUAUUUUAAUAAAUAUUUAAAUUAUUAAAUAUGUUUUACCUUCUAUUAUUAUAGGUACAUUAUUCAUGUGUAUUACAUUCAUACUUGUCUAUACAUAACUGAACGUAGUCUACAGGGUGGGAAAGAUAAAGGGGUAAAUAAAUGUACCUAUAGGCAUAUUGUAGUUUAUGAAUGAGGCACAGGGGGCGAAGUAGGAGUUUUCACUGCUCUAAUGGUG